AUACCAAGACAUCAAAUUAAACAGUAUAUAUAGUCGGAGCAUUUCUGGGCAGUUCAUAACACAUCAGUGCUUCUUAUGAAAUUGUUGUUUAAUUGUUUUCUAAGCGAUGGCGUCCAAGAGUUUGAUCAUUUUACUUUGUGUGGUUGCAUCGGUGUGGUGUACGUACACUAAUAAAUAUGAUAACAUCAACUAUGAAGAAGUAGUAAGUAAUGAAAAAUUAUUAAACAAGUAUGCAGAUUGUAUAUUGGAUAGGGGUAGAUGUACUGCAGAAGCAAAGGAACUAAAAGAACAUUUAAAAGAAGCUAUCGAAAACGGCUGCAAGGAAUGUACUGAGAAACAAAAGGAGGGAACUAACUAUGUUAUCCGAUACCUCAUAGAAAAUAAGAGAAAUCUCUGGGAGGAACUUUGCGCCAAGUUUGACCCCGACGGCAAAUGGAGGAAGCAUUACGAAGAAGAAGCAAAGGCCAAAGGAAUCAAAAUCCCAUGAUUUUACCGUAUAUCCUUUUUUUCACUUUGACAGUUUUGAAAAUAAAUUCAGUAAACUAAACCUAAUCAAAAUCCCGUGAAUUAACUAUGUAUUCUUAUAUUGACAGUUUUCUUGGAAAUAAAUUUAUUAUAUCAA